CUCUCUUUCCAAUAUCAUUAUUCCAGAUCACUCGUCGUUUUAAAAUUCGUUGAACUUAGAACGCACUUAACAGUUAUCAAUACAUCACGAUAAGAUAACGGAAGGAAAUGAUUAGCUAAUAUUUAAGAUCUUCAUGUUAAUUGACGACUCGGGAGUGAUGUUUCGUGAGACCCACUUUUCGCCUGCACUCGUUGUUUUUAAUGUCGAGUCAAGAUGGCACCGUUAAAAUUGCCACGUAUUUUCUGCUAAGAUUAGGAACCAAAACGACUCGAUCGUUUUAGUCUCUAAUCGAAGCGGACUCGAAAUGGUGUUUUUGUAUAUCAGUCAAACACAAGUGUAGAAGAGUGCUGGCUCUUGGUGCUCCGUAACACCACAUUUUGGCUCUGUGCUCACUAAUAUAAGUUGAACAACAACCUCGUACUUUUUCGCAGUCGUCCUGUGGACAAUAUAUAAAUGCCUGGAUUUUUUCGAAGCAAUAGAAACGACAUCAUGGUUUCAUCCAAAGCACGCUUCAUGGCUCCCAGCCGGGGGCAACCUUGUGCAGUGUAACCUUAGUGUGCCAUAAUGUUAGAAGAAGUCUGCUUUGGAAGCGCUUGAACACUGUUGAAAGUUGCGCCGGUGAAAAAUGUUAAACGUGGGUUGGAGUGAAUAUGUAAAGGUUAAAACAUUCACCCAACAGUCGUGCGACAAAUUGCUUAUGUUAGACGAAACUUAAACAAUUGUUAGGCCUUUAGCCCCAUUUGAUGUUGACAAACGACCACACGGCUCUCUUGUAUAAUUAUAAUAAAAGCCCCAACAAAACAUGAGCAUAAGGAAUAUUCUUUCAGUUUUGAGACCAAUUUUAGUCGCGUUACACGGCAAUUGUGCAGUGUGACUCGUUGUCACAGCAACUGUGAUGCUGCACAGGCUCCUUAAAAGUUAUUUUAAUCCGCAAAUUCUUAUAAACAAAAAUAGAAGUGGCUAAUUUCCUUGCGUAAUAAUGCAAAAAGACAAAAAAGAAUUCAACUUUAUGUUGUCACGUACCACAGUACUCUUAAUGGCUUAGGCAUUGUCAAAAUGAAUCGAGUCUGCCAAAUUGUGCGGAUUUGGAUUUUUAUAGAUGAGGAGAAAAUGCUUCGUAGUACUUCUCUGAUGAACCUUCGAUGACUACAUCCGUAAAGUCAAUUUUACCUUGUGUCAAGAUUGGAAGAUAAAGCUGAUAAAGAUCUUCUGAUCCCAGAUUAUGCUAUUUUUUUAGCCCCUGGUGAAGCACCAAAGCCACCAAGAAUCCCACUUAAGGUAGAAGAUAACUUUUGUUCCAAAACAUCAAGCUCACGUAUUCACUAUUUUAGAGCUUUGUACUCAAGACAACAGUUUUCACUUCUGAGAGAAACUUCUGUAUAGUAAUCAUAUCAGUUACUCCCGUUAAUUAUAAUCGCAAACGAACAACACAAUAAGAGAAAACAAUACAAAAUUGCCUGCAAUACAAAUCGGUCAAACAAAGCCUCUUAAGAGAAGCUUGUAAGCUAAAUUCAAUUGUCUCUCAAUCGGCUAAAACUCGAUCGACUUUUCUUUCUUAGUCGAGGAUGCGCGCCUAGCUUUCUUUUAGCCAAUUUACGAAAAUAUUUCUUUUUUGUUUACAACUUAGUACCAUUAGUAUCUUUGGUUUAGUUUAGUACUUCGAAAUAUGUCGUCGAAUUGGAUUGUAGUUUCCUGUGGGAAUUGCUAAGAAUGGUCUUUUUUUGAAAUGUUGAAGCCCCCUAUUGUCCUGUAACCAAUCUCUGCUUAGCUUCUCUAAUAACCUUUCUGUCGUUGUUUAUGAGAGCCUUUUGAGCAGGGUAUGACAUCUGUAUCUCCAGUUUAUUGCAUUUCCAUAUUUUUGUUUUAGUUCUCAGGGCCUGAGUUCCUCUGUUUCAACAUUCAAAACCGAGCUGGAUGAUUGUCAAACAAAGUGGAUAAGAUGGUGUCUUAGGAACAAAUUUCAUUUCAUUUCAUCUCGUGAGGCGCCUACAAUGAAGAAAAAAUUGAACGUGCUGAUGACUGUAUGCCUUUUUUGUUGGCUUUGUCGGCUUAUCUUCGCUCAAAACACAAAAGAAAAAACUGAGAGCCUCAGCUAUGCCUUCACUAAAGGAGAUUUCGUGAUCGGUGGUUUAUCGCCCGUUCACUUUUCGCCCACGGAGGCCGAAGAACAACAGAACCCGAAUUCUUUUACUUGCCAAGGAAGACUCAACACUAGAGGUUUUGAAGCGGUGGAAGCGAUGCUUUUUACAAUGGACAUGCUAAAUGAAGGGCCACUUAAGGAUGUGGUGCUACCAAAUAUAACCAUUGGCAUGGACAUAAAGGAUACGUGUGGCAGCGCUGAUUACGCCGUUCGAGAAUCACUGAAUUUCUCGUUUAUUCGCAACGCUCAUGCUAAGGAUCAGUGCAGCCCAAGUUAUGAAAAGGAAAAGUUUCAAACCAUCGCUGUGGUCGGUGCAGCUUACAGUGGAGUAUCAAUGGCGGUUACAAAUCUCUGUGGAUUGUUUUACGUGCCUAUGGUGAGCUACGCAUCGACAAGUAGUUUGCUGAGUAAUAAGGUACGAUUUGGUUACUUCUUGAGGACUGUGCCUAAUGAUAUGUUACAAGCGAAAGUGAUGGCGGAUCUUGUUCGAAAGAUGAAGUGGAACUACGUGAUAACUUUGGCUUCAGAGAGCGAGUACGGCCGAUCUGGUAUCGAGGCCUUUAAAAGAGCGCUUGACAACUUCGGCGAUAGCUACGAUGUUUGUAUUCCAGUGGAUGAGCGAUUCACAAAACGCUCCACAGAUGCAGAAUUCGAAGAAAUAUUUCAGAAGAUGCUUGCAAACUCCAAGGCUAAGGUUGUGAUUCUCUUUGCGCAGCUGCACGACGCGAACAUUUUAAUUGACAAAGUUCGCCAGCACAGAUUAAUGUCGAAAGAAAAGUAUGUUUGGAUAGGUUCUGACGCUUGGGCAGACUCAAAGCAAGUCCUGAAGGGCAACGAGGACAUUCUACGCGGAAUGUUUGGUGUCGUGCCAGAAGUUGUGCAUAUUGAAGAAUUUGACAAGUACUUUACGAGUUUCACAGACAAAAGAAGGAAGCGAAAUCCUUGGAUGCGUGAAUAUGAAUAUAUGAAAGUUGCGCAUAACCCAGCUUUUUACCGGGACACAUUUAAACAUUAUCCUAAAGCGCAGUACGUGAUGGAUGCAGUCCUAGCGAUCGCCUACGCACUACAUAACAUGCUCGGUUGUCAACCUUACCAAGAUUGCUCCAAGAAAAUCAAGAAUCUUAAACAACGAAAAUUUCUGGAGUUCUUGGAAGACGUGAAAUUUCCUGGCAAGUCGAGGGAACAAUUUUCGUUCGACUAUCUUGGGGAUGCAAUUGGAGUGUACGAUAUUCGUCAUUUAGGGCUUGAGGAUGGCAAUUACGAUGUCAUAAAAGCUGGUAAAUGGGGUGGGAAGGAAUGUGACAUUCUCGGCGCUAAUCUGUCUAUGAGUUCCUGUCUCGAUCUGGACACGACAGUCAUUGACAUGGUUAACAAAAAUAUGAAGAACUUCACACAAGAAGGUAUUCCUUUCUCGACAUGCAGCAAGGACUGUCCGCCUGGUUAUCACAAAAAUCCCGAGAAGAAUCACGCAAAGUGUUGCUGGGAAUGUCGACUGUGUAGCGGUAACACUAUUACGAAUCAAACCAACAUGGACGACUGCACCGCAUGCCCUCGAGGAUAUCGCGCAAGUAACAACCAUUCGCGCUGUGAGCCCAUACAACCCACGUCUUUACACUGGAAUGAUACGUUAGGUGUGAUAAUUAUCUGUAUAUCAGGUGCUGGCAUCCUGUCGGUAAUUUACACCUUUGCAGUGUACUAUGUCUACCGUGGGACACCUGUUGUGCGAGCGUCCAGCAAAGAGCUGUGUUACAUUCUGCUUUUUGGUAUCGCGUGGUGUUACGCGACACCCAUCGUUUUUCUUGUCAAUCUAACAGACCAGGUCUGCAGAGCAAUUCCGUUUGUCACAGGUCUGUCCCCCGCGCUGAUAGCUGGGACACUCCUCACCAAGACGAAUCGCAUAUCACGUAUUUUCAAUCGCAAGCUUUCGAAAACAGGGACUCCAAGUUUUCUGUCCAAAAAAUGGCAAGUGUUGAUGGUGCUGUGCCUAGCGGUGGUGGAAUGUCUUAUCGGAGGAGGAUGCGUGCUCUUCAACGAGACUGGAAGCAAAUUGGUGAUCUCCGAAUCUAAGAAAGAAGUUCUGAAACAGUGUAAAGAGCUGCCUGACAUUUGUACAGCGAUUUGGUGGGUGUACAACAUGGGGCUGGCCUUGACUUGCACGUAUCAAGCAUUCCGCACGCGGAAAUUACCUGAGAACUACAACGAGGCCAAGUUUAUCACCUUCACCAUGGUGAUAACGUGUAUAGUUGUAAUAAUUUUCAUUCCAACGUACAUAGGAACGAAAGGGAUCUACAGAACUACCAUAACCUGUUUUGUGUUCAUCAUAGGCGGUUCCUCAACCCUUUGCUGCAUGUUUGUACCUAAGUUGUAUAUAAUUCUAUGGAGGCCUGAAAAAAAUGUGCCCAUGCAGCCUCGCUCCUCGACAAUACGUUUGGGAACCAUUUCUCCCUCAGCAUCUUUUGUGAGGCGUUUGAGUGUAGACUCCAGCUUCAGUGAAAAGGCCAGAGAAGGAAGAAAAACACGAAUUCACUCACUGCCAACGAUUGAACUAAGUGGAACCGAAGGCGAGAAUGGAGAACACCAAGAAGUGCCGAGAAUCAAGAAAACUACCCGAUCCUUUUCUCUCAGUCCGGACAUGCUUUCAGGAGGUCGAACAAACCUCGAGCGGAGUCCUGAGCGGAGCCCCGAGCGGAGCCCCGAGCGGAGCCCAACGAGGCUGUUCCCAUCUCGCCGAAGGGGUAGUCUUCAGGCUCCUUCUGCCAUGCUUUCCUCCAUGGAAAUGAUCGAGGAAGGAAACGAGUUUGAAAUAUUCGGAGCCAGUAACGAGUGUGCUGGUGAUGCUUCAGACAGUCGAGACCUUCGCGCGGGUUUGGAACGGCUGAAAACGGAAUUCUAUGAACUCCAAGAAAGAGAUGAUCGCUUAGACGCGGAAGAUGAAAAAAAUUACUGCGAAGAUGAAGUUUUUCUGCCUUUAGACGUUGAAAAUCAAAAUGGUUACCACAACGAAGAGGAACGUGAAACUUCUGAAGGUGAUUCUGGAAGUAAAAAUCCUAUCACUUGUGCUUCGAAUCUGGAUAAUUGUCAACCAAAAACACAAACAGUGUCUACGAAUAACAGAUUAUCCUGUCAAAACUGUGGUUCCAUAGUCUCCCACAUAGACCGAGAUUUGUUGAUCGAAGUUUUGCGUGCGCACUUGGCAAGGAACGGUAGAAACCAACCUGGCGAGAGAACUAAGAAAAAUUCUGAAAAUAGCCACAGUCACAAAACGGUGACGUUGCCAGAGAACCCGAGCGAUCAAAAUGACGCUAGUACACGCAGGAGAAAGUCAGGAAUAUGUAAUCAAAAACCUAAGGAUAAACGCUUUUCCAGGAACGGGUUAGACUUAAAUGAUAACAGGCCGGCGAAGAAAUUGAGAAAUCCAAGCUACUACAGCUGCGAAUCCAUUAGUUUGCCUUCUCUCGUUAGUGUCUUCUCUCAAGAAGAGUGCACUCUUGAUUUGGGCGUGAUGAGGACCAAGAAUACUGAAGAUAAGCAGAAAAAAGCCAACAAGGCGCUCAUGAACGGAAAAAACUGCGGUAUUAAGGGCGGCGUUUUAAAAAGACCAUACUCUCAGCCAAAUGGAAGUGUCUGUCACGAUCUAAUAAAUGGCGAAGAAAGUGACUUUACCACCGAAAAUGAUAAACUUCUUUGCGAAGAAGACAAAGAGUUGGAAACUGUGCUGUAAGAGCGUUGUUCGGUAGCUUCUAAUGGAGGUCGUUUUGUUUUCGUGCCUUAAGCCUGCUGCAAAACCUUUUACACGUUUUAGGAUUGAGUGUCGGAAAAACCAAAACCAAAUUUAUCAGAACGACCAAUCAGAACACAGGAAGUUAUCAACAGGAACCAAUGAAAUAAUAGAAAAAAGAUAGCAUGCAGCCGCCUCUAAAUAAACGCGUGCUGUCAUAAGGGCAAGAAAACGCGAGGUACUCGGACGAGAAUGCCUUAGUUUUGUUAUCUGAUUGGUUGAGAUGGUGGCGCAAAUUUUUCGUUUCUUGGAAACAUAGGUUAAAGCAUGCUAUUGCGCCAACUCGAUUAUUUAAAAAAUAAGAAGUCACGCAGGUGCGAAAAGAAACUGUCACGCACUAUCGCGUGACGACUACAGUCGAUGACGAAGGCAUCUGAUAGUUUUCCUCAUAACGCAGGCGAGCGAUUGAAAUUUGAAACACAUGGACAUUAAGUAAAUAAAUGAUAUAUAUUUGUAUAUAUACAACCGUUUUCAAAAACGUUGCAACAUUGAAAAUAUAUAUUUACUAUAUAUAUAUAUAUCUUUUGUUUUCUUGUCAAAAAGUGUCUCUUUUUGAUGAGAAAAGUAAAGGUAUAUUUAAUACAUAGUUUCAAACAAUCAUCAUUUUUGAAGACGGGUAUAUAUAUACGCAAAUUGUUAUGUAGGGUGUCUAGAAUCAAGAAGUUACGGCAAUUUUUCAAAAUAAAAUAAUCAAGACAAGAAACUUA